AUGCUUCCGCUUGUUAAAUUGCUGAUGCUGAUUCUCUUAUCGCAAGUUAUGGUGGAGGCGAAACGGUGGUUUGACAAUGCCAAAUUUAUGGAACCAUCUUGCUUUACCCUUGGCUGGCCUCCCAGUGGCACUAACGAAGUAAUGGCUGAGAGGAGAUGCAAAAGAGAUUGCAAAAGAAUGAAAAAGUGCAAGGGAGGCUACUGCAAAGGAACGCAAUGCAUAUGUACCAAAUGUCCAUGA